AUGAAGCAUUCUAGAUCCAAUGUUGUGCUUCAUACGCUGCGGAGCGUCGCAGUCCGUCCAUCCUCACCUGAGAGAAAUCCCGUGAAGAGAAGCGACGGAGAUGCUGGCCUAUCGCCUGCCAACGAGAGGUCUGGAACCCGGCCAACAUCGCCAGAGAAGAUGCGGCAACUUGAUACAGCUAGGAGUUUAUUCGGGGAGCCAACUAGCCAGCCGCACGUAGUGCUGGGGACGCCAGUUCCACCAACCCAACAAAGCUCGCAGGUCUUCCGGGCUCUAGCUCCCUCUCCUCUCUUAACGACCCAUCCAAUCGCCUCACAUUCUGAUCCAUCCAGUGUUCGAAGCAGCACAACUGGUGCAGACUACUCUUACUUGGCUGCUAGAUUCCACAAGGGCGGGAAGGACUCGCAGGAUGAUUCCUCUAAGGCCAGGGCGAGGGCCAAGCAGGCCGCUAUCCAGCGCGACCACCGUUCACGACGCCGUGCUGGGGAAGCCGUAUCGCUGACUCCCAACAUAUCUCAGCUCGGCGUCUUUCAAGAUGCGAGUCAACAUCGACUACAGCCGAGUGGGUCUCUGGAUGGGGAUGGGAUAACCAUGGAAGGGGAUGACCGGGGACAGUUCUCUGAAUCCGAUAUUGACGUUGAGGACUAUUUCAACUUGCUUCUUUCACCUGUUCGACCACGGAGGUACCUCGAACAAUUGGGGGUAGAGUCUGAUUCCGAUCUAGGGGACGAAGACGAGAACGAUGAGGAGGAUGAUUCGGUGGAGAAAAGCCCUCUUCGCCGUCGUUUGCGGCAGUCUUCCGCACAACCAAGGCGUGGUCGCCGUGGUCCUGCCCCUGGUAGAGGAGGGCGACCAAGACAAUCUCGCAGGCAAACUCGAUCGUCGAGGUCGCCACGACGGUAUCGGAGCCCAGUGAUCAUUCCGCCUGAAGAAUCGGCGGUAUUUCACGCACAAGACCCGGUGUGGAAUGGAGACCUCGAGGCUGCGGCCCUAACUGGUCGCGAUAAUGCAAUCCUCCGAGAGUUCUGGACAAAGCUGGACAAUGACCAAAUGCAAUUUUGUGGUCGAUGCCAAGAGCGUUGGUUCCAGAUGAAGAUCGGUUGCGAUGGCAUUUGUGCGCGUUGCUAUCGACAGGAUGAGAAACGCGGCCCCGCAGAGCCGUACUUCUUCUCUGUGGACAACCAGUUGGAUUUUGGCCCCGUACCGACUCAAUUGCCUCAGCUUACACCUGCCGAAGAGUCUUUGAUAGCCCGUGUUCACGUCCAUGUGAAUAUUAUGCUCGUGCGAGGCCAGCAGUACAAAUAUCGGGGACAUGUUGUUCACUUUCUCCGUGAGGUUGGCUUGGUGUAUAACCAACUUCCGCUUUUGCCGCAAGAGUUGAACACUGUAUUACUCCGUCCUGCCAAUACGUCGUCCCAUGCAAAUCUUAGCCGGCAAUUCAUCCGCCAGUUCCGUGUACGCCGCCGGCCGGUUGCCAUAUGGCUGAACUACCUCCGCCGCCAUCACCCUGGCUAUCGAUGCAUCACCAUCGACGAAGAACGACUGAGCCAACUGCCUCAGGACGGCAAUGUCUUGGAUGCUAUCCCCCAAAGCCAAGUGGAGGCUGUCGAUGUUGGACCCGGGGAAGAUCAAGAGGCAGAGCCUGACCUGGAGGACGAGGCUGCGGUGCCCGACCUCUUGGCCAAGGACACGGAGCUCGAUGCUCUGCGGUCUAUUCUCGCCGGAGAACCAGAAGCUGAUCCAGGACUUGCCGAAACCUUCCAGGCGCAGCACGAGUUGCAGCUUCCGAAUGUACGGCGCACGCCAAUUAAUGAGUUCAAUCGCUCUCAUGCUCUACUCUCCUUAGCGCUCCCCUGCCUCUUCCCUGAAGGGAGAGCCGACUUUGUUGAGCCUCGAUUACGCUCCAUUGACUACAAGGAUUACAUCGAGCAUGCGAUGCGCUGGCACGACGGGCGAUUUGCAUGCCACCCGACCUUCCGCUUCGUCGCAUUCAAUACUCUGAUGAGGUCACAAGCACGUGCCCGGUCCAAAUUUUUCGUGAAACAACACAAGGGGGGCAGUCAUGAACCGCUCACUCGGGAGCAGCUUAUUCAGGCGUUGGAGCACAGCGAGGACCCCGAGGCGCUGGCGCUGAUCAACUCGAUCACAAGACAUGCGGUGUCUAUUCGCGGCACGCGUCCCUUCUGGAACAGAAAGAGGCAGGAGCUCGAGGCCUACGCCUAUAACCUUGGUUGUCCUGGAGCAUUCAUCACCUUUAGCCCGGCUGAUUUACACUGGCGGAGUCUCUACCAACACAUGCCCCGGUAUGAAGACUGGCUCGCCGCCUCCGAGCCGGAGAGGAUGGCUCUGUCGCGGCAGCUAUUGCGGCAGAACCCUCACAUUGCUGUUUUCCACUUCUACCACCGAUACUGCUUCUUUCGAGAUAUCGUGUUAAGCAAGAAGUUCAAAAUCACGGAUUACUGGGAUCGGUACGAGUGGCAAGGGCGUGGUAGUCCGCACAACCAUGGCCUGUACUGGAUGGAGAAUUGCCCUGGAGCCGACAUGGAGGACGAAGCCGGUCGCGAUGUAUUUGCACGCACGUGGGGAUUUCACGUCACUGCCAUUAACCCCGAGCCGACUAGGACUGUGCCUCAGGGUGAGGGUAAUCCCCUGAGCGUAGAUCCACUGAGCAUAGAGAUGACAUUCCUGCGGCUCUCACAAAUUGUCAACCGGUGCCAGCGUCACAGGUGCAAUACGACGUACUGCCUGCGUGUGAGGAAGAGAACCGGCGACCUGGCAAGGGAUAUGGAAGGGGCUGCUGCAGAUAUCGAGGCGGCCAACGUCGCCAAUCCCGAGAGGGAGUGUCGUUUUGACUUCCCUCGCGCCUUGCGGGAGCUGGCCGCAGUUAUCAGGAAGGAGGGAAGGUCGUACUACGUCUUCGAGGCAGCCCGGAAUGACAACCUCAUGAACCACUUCAAUCCCGCUAUUGUCCUAGGCUGGCUAGCCAAUAUCGAUAUAUCUCCCUGCACCAGCUUACAGGCGGUUAUUACGUACGCUGCCAAGUAUUGCAGCAAAUCUGAGAAGAAGACUGAGCCUUACUGUAAACUUGCAGACCAGGUUUUGCCGCACACGGCACACCUUCAGCCCCUGUUAUCCUUCUCCUCUCGCCUAAUGAAUAAGCUGAUUGCCGAGAGGGAUUACUCCGCGCAGGAGAUUUCCCAUCUGCUGCUUAACAUCCCGCUGCAGGAAGGCACUCGAACGGUCGUCUCCGUGGAUUGUCGCCCGUUGGAGCAACAUGCGCGUUCGUAUCGCGUGGAUGAAGAUGUCAACGAGACCGUCGGCAGCUAUAGGAAAUAUCUGGAGAGAAAUGACCAACAUGAAGAUGUGACCUAUCUCGAGUACCUGCAAUCGUACAAUCUCAAGACGUGGAGGAGACUGGCUGCUAACGCGAAGAAGAGAGUCCUGUCUUACUUCCCUCGAUACAGGUCCAUGGAGGCUUCUCCCCAGUUUAAUGACUUUUGCCGUGUCAAAUUGAUGAUGGCUCAUCCACAUCGCUCUCCAGAGGAGUUGCUCACUGUGGGCGAGCAGCGGUUCGAUUCCUUCGCGACUGCGUACAAGCGCUGCAGACAGUACCACGACACCCAUGCGGAUGAUUACUAUGGGGAGCCAGAUACGAAUGAAUUGAGGGCCGAGGACGAUGAAUUUGAGCUUGAUGUUCAUGAGGAGCCCAUUGUAGAGGAGGACUGGCAUGAACUCGCCCGCAUGCUUCCCGACCGCCCACUGGAAGAAGAGGAUAUCGACAUCCUUGGCUGCCGAGACAUCGACGUCAAUUAUGAUUGGGCCCCCGACAUUGACGUCAAUUAUGAUUGGGCCCCCCACGUUGGACGGUACACCGACAAUGGCAUUCUCAAUGGUGACUAUUGGAAGCAGCGCAAAGCGGGAAACCGCCUUGGCCUUGAUGUGGAUCAUCAGCCAUUGGAAGCCCGCGAUUCCCUAAAUCGAGAUCAGCGCUUAGUAUACGAUACGGUGAUGGACCACUUUCUGAAUCAGGAGCCUUCUCAGUUGCUGCUCCAUGUGGAUGGUGGAGGUGGCACCGGGAAGUCAUACCUCAUUAAUCUGCUCUCCACACACCUCCAAGCCGCGGCUGCGGGGAGAGGGACACCCAUGAGGGACCAAGAGCUAAGGAAACGGCAGGUUCUUACGCGGAAUCCCUUUAAGAUAGGCCGUGGAUCGGUAUAG